UCUGUAUUCAGUCAUAUAUGACUCCAGUGGAUUCUAGUUCGAUAUCGUUUAUCUGUUUUAUUGUAUCGUCUUCCAAAUUUUUUUUAUUUAAUCAUCCUAAUUUUAAGUGCUACAUUUUGUAGGUUUUUUAGAUUCAUUUAUUGUUAUCGGGAUGUCGACUCCGUGGGCAAAAAUUCAGCCAGUAGAAGGGCCCAUCAGCUUAUUGGAGAUAACUUCAGAACAGCUUGCAAGCAGUUUGCAAGAAAAAGAAAUAAAAAAGUAUCAGAAUGAAAUAUCAAACGAUGUAAACAUUGAAGAUUGCACAGUAUGUGAAUGUAAUGAUACAGAUAAUGAUGAAGUGAUUGCACAUAUGUUGCAAGAUCAAUAUAACAAAGAACACGAUGAAAUUCUAAAACGCACAGAAGAAAAAUUCAACCGUGAUGCUAAAGUUAAUAUUACCUAUGCAAACUACCGAGUACAUUCAUUUGAUAAUCAGGAUGAUAAAGACAAAGAUAUCGAUGAUGCAACAAGAGAUUUUGAUAGAUUUGUGAGUAUAGAAAAGGAGUAUGCAUCCAUACCACGUUGCGGUUACAAAAAAAUGGGUGAAGGAUCACAGAUUGUUACUAAACAUGAUAUGCUCAUGUCUUCAAGGAUAAAUGCUUGCAGAGUUCUACAAUUUCCUCCUGGAAUAGACACAGGAGACACAGGAAGAUUUGAUGUCAAAUUGAACAACAACGUGUUCAACAGUUUGAGAGCUCAUAGCCAUGCUAAGUGUUACAAACGAAAACCGAAAGCAAAACCACAUACAAAAUAAAAAGAUAACAUAUUCUGAAAGUGUAAAUAUGUUGCAAUAACAUACUUAAAUUUGUUCCUUUUACACAAUGUAUUGUCAAAUCAUGGAUCUAUUUGUUUUGAUGCAUAGUAUAUUACAUUGUGUGUGAUAUGUAAAACGUUUAAAUCUCAGUUUUUGUGAGUGCGUUUUGAUGAUUUUCCACUGUGAACAAAGUAAAAGUGAUCAACUUGAAAUAAUAUAUAAUUAUUUUUGACACUAAACACUUUAUUAAAUAUAAAAUCAUCGUCAUUAUUAUAUUAUC